GACAAAGAUUCUUCUCCGCUUCAAAAUAGUCUCUACUUGUGUCCUCUCUGUGUCUUCCACUGCUUCUUCCAACUUCUCCGCCGCGCCACCGGAACUCCCUCUUUCUCCUUACCCUGUUUUCGUCUCCGGCGCCGUUGCUGCAGAAACAGGCAAAGCUUAUCUCUUUUGUUUCCCUGCUGCUGCUCUGUAUUGGGUUUUGAUUAGUUCUGAGGCUGUGUAUCAAAAUCAAAAGAGAAGCUUUUUUUUUUAAUGGAGGAUACCAAAGAAACGCAGUUGCGAGAUGUGCCUUGUGUUGCUGAUGAUGCCCUCAAGGAACAACUUGGGGAGGAGGCAGAGAAAGAUCAAAACUUUACUGAACCCCACCACCAGCCCCUUCUUCUUGGGGGUAAUGAAGGUGCUACUGGUGAAAAGAAGACUAAUGCCAACGUGCAGUUCUCAAGUCCUGAGACUGGAGAUGGGAGUGUCAAAAAGCGUAAGACUUGGUUGCUCAGUGACUCUGAGGAGGCAUUGGGAGUUGAUGAAGCAGGGACUCUAGAAGAGCAGCAGGAGUUUCUCAGAGAGUUGGCAACCUUUCACAGAGAGAACUACCUUGAUUACAAACCUCUUAAGUUUUAUGGGCAACCUUUAAACGCUCUCAAGCUAUGGAGAGCAGUCAUUAAACUAGGUGGCUACGACGUGGUCACCACAACAAAGCUAUGGCGGCAAGUUGGAGAAUCUUUCAAUCCUCCAAAGACAUGCACAACUGUCUCCUACACAUUCCGCAUUUUCUAUGAGAAGGCACUUUUAGAGUAUGAAAAGAGUUUAAGGAAAAAUGGUGACCUUAACUUUCCUGAUUCAACACUCAAUCUAUCUUCAAGCCUCGAGAAAGAGGCCAUUAACCAUCAAGGUUCAGGAUCAGGCAGGGCCCGAAGAGAUUCUGCAGCUCGUGCUAUGCAAGGUUGGCAUAAACAACGCCUUGUUGGACCUGGAGAGUCUGAGACUACUGUUAAGGAUAAGGGCUCCAACUCAACCCCAAAGCAUAAGAAACUCAAAAGCAUUGGGCUGCCAAAACCCAGAACACAAACUUACAUGGACCCUAUUGUUUCACUAGAAGCAGAAAAACAGUCGUUUGCUGAUGUUGUUGAUGAUGGACCCCUUGCUGACUGGGUGAAGAUAACUGUCAAAGAAACUAAGAACUCCUUUGAGGUAUUUGCUUUGGUACCUGGACUUCUUCGCCAUGAGGUUCGAAUCCAAUCAGAUCCAGCUGGACGGCUGAUUAUAACAGGCGAGCCUGAGCAGCUUGACAAUCCUUGGGGCAUUACACCAUUCAAAAAGAUUGUUAGCUUACCAGCAAGAAUCGAUCCGCUGCGCACAUCUGCGGUCAUAAGCUUGCAUGGUCGGGUGUUCAUACGAGCUCCAUUUGAACAGUGA